UCUAAGGUUGUUUCCUACAGUCAGUCCGUCCAGAGAAGAAGAGCGCAGUACAGCCUGUCCUUGAAGCUACAACACAACAAGAUGGUUGCGUACUGGAGACAGGCAGGCCUAAGCUACAUCCGCUUCUCCGCUAUCUGCGCCAGCGCGGUGCGGGCUGCGAUGAAGCCGCAGGUCAAAGCUGAGGCCAUGAAAGCCGCAGAAGCCAGCGUCAAAGUCAUAAAACCCAAAACAGCGUGAUGUGAAAAGGUCAUGUAGAUAAUUUUCCCUGGUGGUGGAACAUCCUGUCACCCCGCACCCACAUGGAGAAC